GUAAUUAUUUUGGUAUUUCGUCUUCCCUUCAGCUUCUGCAAUUUGGUAUUUGCAUUCAGUUUUUGCAAAUUUGUUAUGUGUUUUGGAGUAAUCGUAUAAUUUCAAGAAGGGAUUUGUUUAGUUUCUGCAAUUUAGUAUUUUGUUUUCCGCUGCUUUUGCAUUCUGGUUAUCUGUGAUUGUUGAUUAUGGCUACUGAAAGAGAUGAUUCGCUUCAGUCUGUGAAUGUGAGGUUAGUUGGAAAGAACUAUUCGUAUUGGAGUUAUGUAAUGAGAAAUUUCCUUAAGGGAAAGAAGAUGUGGGGGUAUGUUAGUGGGACUUAUAUAAUACCUAAGAAUAUUGAGGAGGGGGAUGUUGUUUUGAUAGAUACAUGGGAAGCAAAUAAUGCAAAGAUCAUUACUUGGAUCAAUAAUUCUGUUGAGCAUUCGAUAGGUAUGCAGUUGGCGAAGUAUGAGACAGCAAAAGAGGUUUGGGAUCAUCUGCAAAGGUUAUUCACACAAUCAAACUUUGCAAAACAGUAUCAAUUAGAGAAUGACAUACGAGCUCUUCAUCAGAAGAAUAUGAGUAUCCAAGAGUUUUAUUCUGCUAUGACAGAUCUUUGGGAUCAAUUGGCUCUUACAGAAUCAGCAGAAUUAAAGGCAUGUGGUGCCUAUAUUGAGCGUAGAGAGCAGCAACGACUGGUACAGUUUUUAACAGCACUUCACAGUGAUUUCGAAGGACUUAGAGGUUCAAUUCUGCAUCGUUCUCCACUGCCUUCUGUUGACUCUGUUGUUAGUGAGUUAUUGGCUGAAGAAAUACGCCUUCAGUCUUAUUCUGAAAAGGGAAUUCUUUCUGCUUCAAAUCCUUCAGUAUUAGCAGUGCCUUCUAAGCCAUUCUCUAAUCAUCAGAAUAAGCCUUACACAAGGGUUGGUUUCGAUGAGUGCAGUUUCUGUAAGCAGAAAGGUCAUUGGAAGGCUCAGUGUCCUAAGUUGAGACAACAGAAUCAAGCUUGGAAGUCUGGCAAUCCGUCACAAUCUAAUGCUCAUAGACCACCUCAGGGUUAUAAACCACAACAUCAUAAUACUGCAGCAGUAGCUUCCCCAGGCUCUAUUACCGAUCCUAAUAUUUUGGCUGAGCAAUUUCAGAAGUUUCUCUCCUUGCAGCCACAAGCAAUGUCCGCUUCUUCUUCCAUAGGUCAGUUGCCUCAUAGUUCCUCAGGAUCUGCAGUCUCAGAAGCUGAUUGGGACAGGCCAUAGGGAGAAUGGACUUUAUAUUUUGGAUGAGUUAAAAGUACCAGUUGCUGCUACUACCGCUGCUACUACUACCAUUGAUUUGUCUUCCUUUCGUUUGAGCCUUUCAUCUUCUAGUUUUUAUUUAUGGCAUUCCCGUUUAGGUCAUGUUUCGUCUUCUCGUUUGAGAUUUUUGGCAUUCACAAGAGCUUUAGGAAAUUUGAAAACUUGUGACAUUUCUGAUUGUAGUGGAUGUAAAUUGGCAAAA